CUUAAUUAUGAUAAGUUUUUAUCUUCCGUCUAGUUCAGUCCCAAGUAUGGUAGAUUUGCUGUCAAAAGAAAAUUUGUUCCGCCAUUAAAGUAGCCAUUGAAAAAGGUUCUCAUUCUCCCUCCAAUUCACGCAACCAAUCUGUAGUAAUUAUUACAGUAGCACUAGUAUUAUUAACCUUAUCUUUUACUCACUCACUCACUACUAAAAAGAUCCCAACUACAUAAAGUUCAGUCAAUACUCAAGUCAGUCCAGUCUCCGUCCCUUUCUUCUCUUUAAUUUCUUCUCAGAUCCUUUCUUUUUUUUUUGUCGUUGGAACCAUUUUGCCAUUAAAUCGAGAAUCUUAGUAGCUCAGUUCGUUGACUAUUUAAAUUUUCACCUUAUUAAUGAGAUUUCGAUUUUCACCACGCUACCGUCGAUGAAUCUUAGUAUUUCAGUUGUUUGGUUAUCUAAAUUUUUACCUUGUUGGGGAGAGUUGGAUUCUCAUCUCGUCAUCUCGUCCCCAGUUUCAAUUUUGCCAUUAAAUUGCUUAGAGAUCUUCAUGGGGUAUCCAUGUAAGUAAUUGAAGUGUUGUAACUAUGGGUGGCUUGAAAUUGAUACGAAGAUCAAAUUCCCAGAAAUCUCAACAUAGAUGGAAAAUAAAAGUGUUUGUCAUGAUGUUACUUGGUUCUUUCUUCGGGACUUUAUUGAUAAUGGAGACACAGUAUAGUAGAAUUAGAAUGUUAGCUUUGCUUUCUACUCCUAAAAUCCAAAAUCCCAAAAUUGCAUUUUUGUUUAUCGCUCGGAAUCGUCUGCCUUUGGAUAUUGUUUGGGAUGCCUUCUUUCAGGGUGAUGAGGAAAAUAAAUUUUCAAUACUGGUUCAUUCACGGCCAGGGUUUCUAUUCAGCAAAGUAACGACAAGAUCAGUGUAUUUCUUGGAUCGCCAAGUUAACGAUAGUAUACAGGUAGAUUGGGGAGAAGCAAGCAUGAUCCAGGCAGAGCGCAUUUUACUUCAGCAUGCAUUGAUGGAUCCUCUCAAUGAACGAUUUGUUUUUCUUUCAGACAGUUGCAUACCUUUGUACAACUUCAGCUACACAUAUGACUACAUAAUGUCUACGCCAAAUAGCUUUGUUGACAGCUUUGCUGAUACAAAAGAAGGUCGCUACAACCCCAAAAUGGAUCCAAUUAUUCCUGUUCAAAGCUGGAGGAAAGGUUCUCAGUGGGCUGUUCUAAACAGAAAGCAUGCAGAUAAAAUAGUGAAGGAUGACAGAUUAUUUCCUAUGUUUCAGCUGCAUUGCAAGAAAAAGCCGCUCCCUGAGUUUUGGCGGGAUCAGUAUGUGCCUCCAGAUACAUCCAAAAUUCAUAAUUGUAUACCGGAUGAACACUAUGUACAAACUCUGCUUGCUCAUGAAGGACUUGAAGGUGAAAUUACACGGAGGACACUGACUCACACUGCAUGGCUUAUUUUAUCCUCCAAGGAGCGUGAACGGAAAGGAUGGCAUCCUGUUACCUAUAAAUUAGCUGACGCUACUCCCAUGCUAAUCCAAUCUAUCAAGGACAUAGACAAUAUAUAUUACGAGACAGAAUACCGGAGAGAGUGGUGCACCAGCAAGGAGAAACCUGCCCCUUGCUUCCUAUUUGCAAGGAAAUUCACACGGCCGGCAGCUCUGAGGCUUCUCAAUAUGUCUGCUCUUGGACUUCACCACGAAGUAAUAAGCAACGAUUGGACACCACAAUGAAACGAGCAACAUUUGACAUCAAAUGAUCAACAUUUGACAUCUACAAUACUGUACUAUCUAGCUGUUAGUAGAUAUACAAAGUUGAGUAGCUACAGAAAAUGGUAAUUUAGGUAAAUAAUGGGGAAGAUGUGUAAGUAGAAAGAAAAACUAAUGAAAUUUGUUGUGCCAGUUUGUUGUAAAAUUUCCUUUAAAAUUCAUUACUGUUUGGUCGUAUAUGUAUGUAGAGUGAGCUCAAUCCAUUAAAUUAUUGUUCUAUUUGUUUCCGCAUUGAAA